CGUUUGGUAGUCGUUCGUAUGGUAUGCAUUUUACGGUUUAUCGUUUAAUUACGUUAUUAUCGCUAAAUUUAUUCCAAUUGAUAAUUAAAAAAUAAAUUAAUUAAUAAACUAAUACAAAAACAAAUCGGUACGCGUUAAGUUAAUUAUCGAAUUAAUUUACAAAACAAAGAAAAAGUGCUUAAUUUUCUUUGUGAAACAAAAAACAUCAAGUCAUAAAAAAUGAAAUAAUAUUUUUUUUUGUAUGAGUGUGAAAAAAGAUCGUGUAAAGAGAAGAAAAAUAAAAAAGUGAUCUCAGCGAGCAAAUACAAAAAAGUCAAUAUGGCCGCCACUUGUUGGAUGUUGGUGUUUUAUUAAAAUCAAAUAAAAAAUUUAUAAAGUAAUAAAUUGUUAAUAAGAAAAUUCAAUAGAAGUGAAAGAAUAUAAAUGUUGUGUAUGAAUUUCUAUACACAUAUGAAUGUAUAUUUAAAUAAAGUUAUAAAUACCUAGUGAAAAAGUAAAUUUACAAAGAAAGUUCAUUUAACAAAAUCAUAAAAAUUUUAAAAGCAAGAAAAAGAAAUAUACUUGAGAAAAUUUUAGUAAAAUAGAAAAAAGUGAUCAAAAGCCAAACUUAAAUUGGAUUAUCAUUUCUUUAAAUGCAAAUAUUCAAUAAAUUAAUCUUCAAAAUCUAUGGAAGACCCAUCAAUCACAAAGAGAUUGAUUGAUUUUGGUACUGAUGAACAUGAAUAUGACGAAGUUCAAGAUUUACCAGAAGAAUCAACAGCCAAUAAUCAAUCAUUACUCUACAACAGCCAAAACGACAACAAUAAUAUUGUCCAUAACAAUAAUAAUAACAUUAUUGCUGGAACAUCAACUGCAACAGCCACAAAUAUACCAACAUCUGCAGCAUCAGUUAGCAAUAGCAACAAUAACAACAACAAUUUCGAAUUACCCCCUGAAUUACAGCCACCAAAACAAAAAUCUUCAGCUAUAAAUUCAAAAGCCGGCAAAACGAAAUCCUCUACGAAAGCCUCGAAAUCGAAAAUACCGCGUUCACCUUCGUUGGCCAGCACCCUGAGCUAUAAUAACUUUCAGCCACCACCGAUAUCGGGUAUACCGCCGCAGACGCCACCUCUACCAUUGGGUUAUCAGAGCAAAGGCAAAUCUCUUAAUCCAGCCACAUCACCUUUGACCAAUAAUAAUGUUAGUAUCUUUACCAGUAACAGCAGCAACUCUAACAACAAUAUAAUGGCUGGUGGUAGUGGUAAUAGUGGGUUGGGCGGUGGCGGCGGUUUGAGUGCCUCGAAUGGCAAUGCCCAGCGUAAUAGUGCGAAUAUGUCGGCCAAUUCACGUCGUCCUCAAAUACAAAUUUCCACACCCAUUGCUGGAGAAUCGCUCAAGAAUUUCCAAUAUUUAACAUUAACCGUGCGCAAGGAUGAAAAUGGUUAUGGCAUGAAGGUUUCUGGUGACAAUCCUGUUUUCGUUGAAAGCGUGAAACCAGGUGGUGCAGCCCAAAUUGCUGGUUUAGUUGCUGGCGACAUGAUCUUAAAGGUCAAUGGUACAGAAGUACGUUCGGAGAAACAUCCAACUGUUGUUAGUUUAAUAAAAGCUUCGACAAUUGUUGAAUUGGCGGUAAAACGUAGUCAGAAAUUGGCGCGACCCACUUCGGUGGGUAUUGUACCCUCGACACCGGUACUCUCUGGCAGAGAUCGUACGGCCUCGAUAACUGGACCCCAGCCUGUGGAUAGCAUCAAGCGACGUGAAAUGGAAACGUAUAAAAUUCAGACUCUCCAGAAAAUGCUCGAACAGGAAAAACUAAAUUUGGAACGUUUAAAGGGUGAAACCAAUAAUCCCAGUUAUAAAUUAUCCGAGGCCAAUAUUAAGAAAUUACGCGAACAAUUGCGCCAAGUGGGUGCUGAGGAUGCACCGUCGCCAGUUAAAGUAACGGCGAAUAAUAAAAAUCAAACAUCAUCUUCAUCAUCACAAAAUACUACUACAACACAUCUCAAUCACCACCUCCACUCCUCACAAAACAAUCAACACCACCACCUCCACAGUCAAGCCACCACACCACAGCCACAACCAUCAUCACCAGCAUUUCUAUCACUCUUACCGCGUUCGCUAUCGUCUCUGUCGUUGGGUGGUCGUAGAAAUAAAAUCGAUAAAGAUCUUAUUACUGCUCCCUUGAAUAAUACCACGGAUUUCUUGCACACCUCGACCACGUCGGGCCAUAUGAUGACAACAACAUCAGCCACACCUUCCUACAAUAUGUCACAAUCUCUGCAUACUCCUUUACAGACCCAGCAGCAUCGCAAUUCGGCCCAGCAGCUGUUCCACUUGCAUCAGCAGCAAUUGCAACAGCUACAACAACAGCAACAGCAGCAACAACAGGGCAAAGGUACACCCAAAUCAUCGAAGAAUAAAAAUAAAUUUGCUGCCCAAUCGAAAAGUCUAAUAGAAGAAGACAUUCCACCGCCUUUGCCACAACGGAAUCCACCACGUCAGCUGCAAUUGGAUGGUGCCAACAACAACAAUGGAAAUAUACAGACGCCACCUAGCUGUCAUACAUUUUCACCCAUUUCCGAUUUGGAUCAUACGGCUAAUGUGGUGAUAGUUGGCGGAGGAGGAGGAGCUGCCUCGCCUUUGAGGAAUUCACCUCAACCAGCCUCUGCUUCUGGCACAAAUUCACCCCAAAAUGUUGUGCAGAAUUGCAACAAAUCGAAACGUUCCAAAGCGAAAACAAAAGCUCUUUCCGAUCCCAAAAUGUCUACUCAAAUGUUCUUACAAAUGGAAGGCGGCGCUGGACAUUUCAAUGCCCAGCUGGGCGAUGGUUCUGAAUUGGAAGAAAUUCCUCCGCCUCUACCGCCCCGUCAACCAGGCAUGUUGGAAGAAUCUCAAUUGGCUGGCCAUCGCGGCAGCAUACAAAAUUUGAACAGCAAUGUGCGGCCACCACCCAAUAGUAUUGACACUCUAAUGCAAUAUCCUUUGGUAGCCACCUGUACUCCCGUGCAUCGUGAUAAUAUGGCAGCUGCUUUCCCACUCUCUCAGCGGCCGAAUAUCGUGCAACAAUUGCAGCAGCAUCAACAACAACAACAGCAGCAGCAACAACAACAAUUGCAUGGUGGUGCUGUUAGUGGUGGCAGUGGCGGUGGCGUGGGUGUCACUAAUUCGGGUGUUUUGGGCCAAACUCCACACAAUUUGAAUCACAUGAGCAAACACAGACGUGUGGUUUCAUCACCUGACAAUAUGCAUACUAGACAUCCGGAACGCCAACUUAAAACGAAUUCUGGUUCUUGGGAACUAAUCGAAAAAGACGACGAGGAAACACCACCUGGCACACCACCACCACCCUAUCGACAUGCCCACUCGGCCAGCAUGUCCGGCAAUGAGGAUAGUAUGCAUGAGCAUGGAGCAGCAUCGACCAGUGGCAUUUUUGUGGAAUCACAUCAUUUUACACCCUUGGCCGGUGCCAUUUCCCCGCCACCCACCUCACAUUCCAGUCGCAUACAGGCGGCUCAAACAAGUGUUAGCCAAAAGGAAAUCAUCUCAAUGGAAGAUGAAGAUGCCUCCGAUCAGGAGGGACCGUUUAUCGAUGAAAAUGGCCCCUUUAAUUCGCUGCAAAGAUUGUUGGAAACCGAGAAUGUUGCAUUUUUGGCAGUAUUUUUAAAUUAUGUUCUCUCAAAUUCCGAACCCGCUCCUUUAUUGUUUUAUCUUAUAACGGCUCUCUAUAAGGAGGGCACCUCCAAAGAUAUGCGUAAAUGGGUUUAUGAAAUACACUCGACCUUCCUGGUGCCACGUGCUCCCUUGGCCUGGUAUCGUCAGGAUGAGACGUUGGCGCGUGAGGUGGAUGCUGUGCUGCAAAACGAAUUCGAUAAGGUGGAAAUCUUGCGCAAAGUAUUUUGGAAAAGUCGCAAAAAGGCUCGAGACAUUAUCUGUGAACAGUUGCGAGAGUUUCAGCAUAAGAGAACAGCCGGUUUGGGCACCAUCUAUGGUCCCACCGAUGCUCAGCUUACGGAGGCCAAGGGUGACAAACAGAAGGAACAGCACAUAUUCGAAGAGACUCUAAUGAAGAAAUUGCAAUAUUUAAUCGAUGAAUAUGAAAAAGAUUUACCGGCUGAGGAUCCUAAGAAAUUGGCAUUAUGUUCGGCCCUAUCGACCGUCAUACAUCGUACGUUUAUAACACGUUCCCAUCCGAAUAGUAUUAUCGAUCGUGUUCAUCAUUUUGUAAGUCGCGAGAAAAGUUUCAAAUCACGUCUAAUGGGCAAAAAGGGAAAGAUGAUUGUACGUGGUCAUCCAUUAGUAUUACGUCAAUACUACGAAGUGACCCACUGUAAUCAUUGUCAAACAAUAAUAUGGGGUGUCAGUCCACAAGGUUUUCAUUGUACAGACUGUAAAUUAAAUAUUCACCGUCCCUGUUCGAAAAUAUUAGAAGAAAAUUGCCCGGGCCCAUUGCCGCAAGCGAAACGCAAAGAUAAAGAUUUACACAAUGAUAAUAAAAUAAGUAAAUUGAUUAUGGGUAAAAUACGUCCCAAGACCUCAACGGAUAUGAGUGGUGAUAAACGUCAACGCCAAGAUCCAGAGGAUUUUGAUCCCAUGGAUUUUCCAAUUGAACGUUUAAAUUCCACUUCCAUACAAAGGCAUCCCUCAGACCGCAGGACGGAUUCAGCUAAUUUAUCAAUACGCUCCAAUGGCAAUACCUCUGCGCAUUUAAAUGCCAGUGAUUUACAAAGUUCAUUUCAUGGCGCCGAUACCAGUAUGGGUGCCGCGGGCGGUGGGGCACAAGGUGCGAACGCAGCAACAACCUCCGGCAGUGAUGCCACAAAUUCAACCAUUGGAGCCUUAUCAGCCCAGGCACAACAAACUGUUGGUGCUGUCUCACCCGGUGGAUCGGGUGUCUUGGGUGCCCUUAAUGACAUAAAUGCGCAGGACGCAAAUGAGGGUAAUUUACGUAGAGAACGUUUACAUCAACAACAUCAACAAAAUAAAAGUGCUCCCGUCUCAGUUAAUCGCUCGGAAUCGUAUAAGGAACGUUUAUCUCACAAACGCAAUCGUAGUCAACGUAAAACAUCCGAUCCAAAUUUGACAUCGAGACCAACCGAUGAUCAACCAGAUUUGGGUCUCUCAAAUUCCAACUUCACAGCAAGUUCAAAUUCUAGUCUUUCGUCGGGUGGUGGCUCCGAGAGUCCAUCCACCUCGAUGGAACAAAUGGGAGGAGCGGGUGUUGCAACACCAACGGCCACCACCUCAGCAAUGCAUCACCACCAUCAUCAUCAGCACCAGCACAGUCAUCAGGACUCGUUUCAUGGCAGUAUUGGUGGCUCAUCGAACGCCAGUUUCCUGGGUGGUUCAGGGGCUGCUGGUCAAAUGGCACGUCAUUGGAACUUCGAGAGCGAUGAAGAUGAUGAUCUCAAUGAGGCCGACUGGAGUUCAAAUGUAGCUGGCGAGAUAUUGGCGGCUCUAACAGAUGCCGAAAAGAAACGUCAAGAGAUUAUAAAUGAAAUUUAUCAAACCGAACGUAGUCAUGUCCGCACUUUAAAACUCUUAAAACAUUUAUUCUUAUUACCCCUCCAAGAGAGUACUUUACUUACUCCAGACCAUUUAAUGUUACUCUUUCCACCCUCAUUAUCGUCAUUGUGUGAUCUACACGGUGCAUUCGAGCAGAAACUCAAACAGCGUCGCCUCGAGCACAACUAUAUUGUAAAUAGUGUGGGCGAUCUGUUCGCCGAAAUGUUUGACGGCCAAUCCGGCGAAGAGUUGCGUGAAUUUGCCGCCCAGUUUUGUGCUCGUCAACAAAUCGCUUUAGAAGCUCUCAAAGAGAAACGUCGCAAAGAUGAACAAUUACAAAAGCUGCUUUCAAAAGCUGAAUCACAUAAGGCCUGUCGUCGUUUGCAAUUAAAGGAUUUAUUACCCACGGUAUUGCAACGUCUUACCAAAUAUCCCCUGUUGUUUGAAAAUCUAUAUAAAGUAACGGUGCGUGUGGUGCCCGAGGAUACAGCCGAGGCGGAGGCUAUACAAAAGGCUUUGGAGUCUUCGAAAAAGAUAUUAGUCGAUGUUAAUCAGGCGGUAAAGACAGCUGAAGAUGCGCAUAAAUUGCAAAAUAUUCAGCGUAAAUUAGACAAAUCAACAUUUGAUAAGGACGAAUUCAAGAAUUUGGAUUUAACACAAUACCGUUUGAUACAUGACGGCAGUUUGACCAUGAAGAAAAAUCCAAGUAUACAAUUGCAUGGUUUAUUAUUCGAAACAAUGAUUGUAUUGCUGACCAAACAGGACGAUAAAUAUUCAUUGAAAUAUUUACAUGCAGCCCGUAAUACCGAAGUUAAUAAUAAACCCGUUAGUCCCAUUAUGAGCAUCGAUUCGGAAACGUUGGUGCGCCAAGAAGCAGCCGAUAAGAAUUCAUUUUUCUUAAUUAAAACAAAAACAUCACAAAUGUUGGAAUUGCGAGCACCAAGUAGUUCGGAAUGUAAAACGUGGUUUAAACAUAUCUCCGAUGCUGCUGAACAAUACAAGCCCCGUUCUAAAAAUGCUAAUCAAGAACCUGUGGACGAUCCAGCUAUUGCUACAUUACCACAUUCCAAUACACGUGAAUCGCUGGAGUUGACACCCGAAAGACCGCCACCGCAGUCGGCCACAGCCACUUUGAUAACCACACCUUUGGCACCCAUGAUGCCAAUGCCUUCGGUUACCCAAGAACGCAGCGGUUUUGCCCAAUCCAACAAUAACGAUGUACAAUUACGCAAUGGUCGCCGCGAGAGUACACCCACAUCAUCGUCGGCACCCGGCGAUGCGUACCCACCCUAUUAUAAUAUCAAACAAAGAUUAAGUCACAAUGAAUUGUCACCGAAUACAAAUGCUGUCAAUCGCACCAUGUCUACGCGCAGCUGUGGUGAUGCCAAUCAUAAUUACAGCAACACAUCGCCAGAGUUUGCCGGUGCAAAUGGUGUUACCCUAAGGCAUACCCAGUCCGCCAGACAGGCCAAUGGCACGGCUGAAGAGGGGGCCGCAGCAGCGGUAGCUGGUGUGGCGAAUAAGAGAGACAGCGCUAGUAUUGUUUACUCCAAUAAUUCCAAUAAUACCCGUACUCUAAUGCAGUCAUCACCUCCGUUAGUUGAACCUACCGCUAUACAGAUCAGUAUAAGUCCUGCCCAUACCGCCGAACCGGUACUGACACCAGCCGAAAAGCUAAGGCGAUUGGAUGCUAGUAUACGAGAUGGUUUAAUGGAGAAGCAAAAGAUUAUUUGUGAUAUGUUCCGUUUACCAGUUGAACAUUUCCAUGAGAUAGUAGACAUAGCGACCAUGCCUGAAGCGCCCAAAGAUAGCACCGACAUAGCAUUGGCCGCCUAUGCCCAGGUUCAGUCGCUGACCGAGGUGAUAAAUGACUAUAUGAAGGUGACGCCCGAACAAGAGGUGUCCGCCGUUUCAACGGCUGUCUGUGAUAAAUGUCACGAGAAACGGGAAAAUCAACCACAUUCACGUUCACGUUCCAACAUGGCUUGCGGUAAGGCAGAAACGAAGACUACGACCACAAGUUCAGAUACUCCACCGCCCUUGCCGCCACCAAAUAAACAAAUGGCACAGGCGCAACAGCAGACACCAGCUCCAACAGUAACAAAAUUGCAGACAUGUGCUUUGGAAGAUGCCAAUAUACAUGAAGAUGAUGAUGGUUAUUGUGAAAUAGAUGAGUUGCGUUUACCAGCUUUACCUCCCCUGACAAAGACACCAACAGCUACAGCUACUCCACCACCUUUGCCGCCAGCAGCAAAGACGAGUGGAGCCAAACAGGGUUCACCACCUCCACCCUUACCACCACCAGCUGGUACAUUUAAAACUCCACCUCCACCACCACCGCCACCAGCGAAAACAUUAGCAAAUCAAAAUCAAAACUCCUCCAUACCCACAACAACCAAUACCAACAGCAGCAGCGCUAGCUCUACUACCAACACAACUCCCGAAUUAGUAAAACGUCAAAGUACGAUAAGUGCUGAUAGCAUUCCCGAAGAAUCUGCAGAUGAAGUAACACAUGCCCUUAAUGAUCACAUACAGGAAAAAGUUGCCUCAAAGGCUCCAGAAAUCAAAGAAGACGAAGAGGAAAAUGAGGAAACAAACGAAUCUGUCACCAAAGAAGAAACAGAAAAGACCUUAGCAGAGCCUAAACCGGCAGAUGUAGUUACUGAUUGUAACCAAGAAAGUGAAACUGUGAAAGAUGAAGCUAUUGCACCCAUAGCCACAAUUGAAGACGAGGAGGAUAAGGAUGAGGACUCGGCCAUGCAUACAGCCGAAUGUGAAAGUGCUCCGUUAGAGGAGAAUGUUAAGGAAGGGGGUAAACAGAAUGACAAUGAAGCGAAAGAUGUUAAGGACGCCGUGGUAGUGAGUCCCAUAUCAACAACUUCCAUGACGGCAGAACCACAAAGACAAAACAGUAAUGCCACACAGGCCGAUGAGGAGAUUUCCCUGAAUAGUGAACAUAUCGAAAUAAAUGAGGCCUACGAAUGUUUGUCGAAUAUAAAUAAAUUAAAUACGGCUUUAUCAUCUAUGGUUGAUAAUUCAACGCAAACGUUACCUUUGACGACUUCUCUACCUGUGAGUACGAGUACCACCAUCAUCUCCACCACCAGCAGCAUCACUAUUAACAAUAACGCGACUACACUUACCACCAACACCACCACCACGGGCAGUAGCAGCACAAAUCCUAAUGGUCAUUUAACAACAUUAUGUGGACCAAAUCGUAUACAACAUGCCAAUUCCUUGGAGCCUAGCGUGCCCUGUCAUGCUUUGAGCAAUAUUGUCAGUGUAUUAAACAAUCAAAUUUCGUUACUAUUGCCCAAAAUUAGCGAGCGUGAUAUGGAACGUGAACGUUUAAGAAAAGAAAAUCAACAUUUACGAGAAUUAUUGAAUGCGAUGCAUGAUCGUCAGCGAGUUGAAGCAAAAUUGGAAACUCCAAGUGACAUCACAACUAGGGCCGAUGUGGCCGAUGACGAAACAGAUGGCUUCUCACCCGCAACCUCUACAACACCAACACCGACGCCUACACCAACAACUGCUAACUCUGCAGCAGCCUUAGGUGAAGACCAAAAAGAAAUCGACAACAACACCACCACCACUACAGCAACAACAACAACAUCUACCGCAACAACUAAUACAGUCGAGGCACAAAAUUAAACAUAAAUACAUUUUAAAUAUAAAUUUAAAAAAAAACCAACAAAUAUUUAGUGUUUAAAUUUAAGAAUUAAACCUUCCCCAAUAUUUUUUUAUAAAAAAAAAAACAAAACAAAAACCAGCUGCCAAUUGAAUUGGCUUAAAUUGAAAAACAAAUAAUUAAAAUCAAAUAAAAAAGUUUUAUUAAAGGUUAAACAAUUUUAGGAUCAGGAAACUGUUAAUAAUUUGUAUUUUUUUUUAUUAUAUUAUUUUCUCUCUUUAAUUUUAUAUAUUUUUUUCUUUAAAUGUUUAUAAAUGUUUUUUUUUUCUCUGUCAUUUUUCUUUAAUUUACCAUUUUCUUUUGUAAUUUUAAGUGUAAAAUUUAUUUUAAAAAAAUAUUGCAGAUUUACAUAAAUAUAUACUAUAAAUACAUACCAACAACACCCAACCACAACCACAUAUAAAGCCACUUUAUUAAACAUACAUAUAUACAAUUUACAUAUAUAGGAUAUUUAAAAGAAAAAUUUAAAAACUUUUUUUUAAAGUAAAAGAAAACCAUGAUAUAAAUGAAUUUUAUUUAAAGUUAAAAACAUACUAAAACAAUAAUAAAAUGGUUUCGGGUUUGAGUUUAUUAUCUUUUUCAUUUUGGCAUGUUAUGUUUUUAAAGUGUAUUUUUUGAUAAAUAUUUAUUUAAUAGAAAAUAAUUAUAUAUACAUACAUAUAAAGUACAUACAUACAUAAAUAAAUAAAUAUAUUAAAUAAACGAAAAACAAUAUAAAAUUUUUCAAAAAAGUUUUAUAUGUAAAACUCACUCACAAAACAUCGGAGUUUUUUAAAAUGUUGGAAGAAAAAAAAUGCUAUAUAAUCAUUUUGAUAGUAACGUAUCUGUAUUUGUGUGUUGGAAGAGCGCAGUUUAAUCUUUUUUGAAAUCACUUUACAUUACUUGGGGUUUAAAUUAAUCAGCAAAUCUCAAAAAAGUAAUAAUAUUAAAAUAAAGUUAUUGUAAAAACCAAAACUGAAAUUUCUUUUGGAAAACUAAGUAGCUGUUUGCCUUUUAUGUACAUAUGUGGUAUAUUACGAUUUCAAAUCGUUUAUUUACUGAUAAUGACAAUUUUGUAUAGUAAAUUUCCUUAUAUUUUGUCAUUUUAUUUAAAUAAUAAUAGAAUGACUUAAAACAUCCAAAGCUAUUUUAUUCAAACCUAUAUUUUAAUGACGUUUUUGUCGUUAAAAUUGAUUGUAAUGAGAAGUAUGCAUCUCUGAGUCUUUUAAUUCUUUAAAAUAAAUUGUCUCCUUUUUCGGAAGGUUUGUUCAUAUAUCCAUUUUUAAACAUUUUGAAAGAAAGUGGAAUCAAAUCCAUAUUUUGAUUAUUCAGAAAAGGUUAAAACAAAAUUUAUUUUCGAAAUCACUUUCAGUUUUCUAAAUUUAGGGAAUCGAACAUGACUUUUUUCCCUAAACGUUUUUCAAUCAGGUUAUGCCACAGCAUAAAAAUAUAAAUGAAAAUUUAUAUAAUUUUUUUCAAGACUUAUUGUAGAUUUUAUUGAAAUAAAAAAAACACACUUUCAAAUCAGCAUUAUUUUUAUUCCCUAGUUUGUAUUCUGAUCGUUUUCGUUUUAGAUUCUUUAGAAUGAAAUUUAAUUCUAGAAUUUUUUUUUUUUUUGGAAGAUCUAAACCCAAAACAGUAUUACAAAUAUUGAAGAAAAACAAAAAAUACAAGCAAAUGUCAAUCCCACUUUGAAAACUAAAAGUGAUUUCACAAGGAAUUAAUUCCAAUUUCCAUUGGUUAUAUAAAAUAACUCAAGAAGUCAUAUUGGUUCUGUGUGAAAGGAAUUAGUUUAUCUCAAAUGAUUAAUCAAUAUCAUCAUUAUCAAUAUAUUGAUUUUUAAUGAAAUUUUUCGUUUUAUAAAACUUAGAACUAAAUAUUAGGAAUGAAAUGUAUGAGCCCUUCGAACGCAAUGUAUAUCGGUAUAUACAUAUUUAUACAACUAAAGCAUUUUAUAAAAAAGUGAAAUAGAUAAAUAGUUUUUUAUGCAUUUUGGUACAUAUGUAUAUUUGGUUCAUGUACAAUUGCAAUCAAUAGUGUUAAAAAAAAACGUCUGCUUUAACUCCCAUUCACAGAAUUCAACGCGAAAAUGUUAUUUUCAGUUAAAAUCACUUUUCCAAUUACUCACCCCUAUCGCGAAUCAAUAUUUCACAUGAAAUAUUUUCCCUUUUCCUUUUUUCGUUCAUUAACUUUGUUCACGUGAAAAAAAUUCCCCUUUUUAGAUGGAAUUUUGUAAACAAUAAACAGCUGUUACGAACAAAAUUAACUAUUGUGAAUGAAAAGUUCAUGGGAUUAUCACGAUAACAAUUUUCCCUUCGAGGGAAAUGAAUAUUUCAUGGGAACAAAAUUUCACACGUUAUUGCCGAUAAGGGUGAAUAUUUCAAAAUAAAGUAUUGAAAAUGAUCUCUCAAAAUUGCUUAUUACUUUUCUACCAUUAACUAAAAGGUAAAUAUAACCACAAUAUUAUAUUAAAUUUAUUAGGAAAAAUUUUAAAAAUCAGGACUUAAAGUUAAAGUAAUUUUAAAUUUAUUUGUUAAUGGGGAUAAUUGAAAUUAAGCUUUUCCUAGUAUUUCGUGAAUUAAUUUCUUGGCUAAAACAGGGUUUUUAUUUUGAUACAAUAAAAGAACAGGUUAAAACAAAAUCGAUUGGAAUAGUUGCCGCGGAAUGUGUGACUGACCUCCAGUAAUAAAACAUUCUAAGAAAACGCUAUAAAAUAGAAAGGGGAUUUUUAUUCCCGACUAUAAAAACUAUCUUUUUUAAAAAACAUAAAAGAUUCCCAAAUCUGUAUUCUAAUUCUAGCAUUCGUAUACGAACAAAUACUUAUUUGAACGUGCGAGUUUUUUAGUUUUGGAAUUCUCUUAUUCCAUAUUGAAUAAAAUGUGAACAAAUUUAUAAUGAUUGAGCUCGAUAACGAACGAGUUUUUAAUCGAAAGCUAAUAAGCAUUAUAAAAUUUAUUUUGAUUACGAAUGAGAGAAUUUGACCCCAGAAUUUUGUUUAGACUAAUAAUAUUAUUGAGAAAUUUUUAUUAUUAUCUACAUUUUUUAUAAAAAAUCAUGAAGAAAAAGUCGUGAAUUUUGUAAGUGAACAAAUCUUUUAGUUUUGAUUUAAAAAUAUAAGACCUCAUAAAGCUAGCAAAUUUUUGUUAUUGUAGCUCCCACAUUUCUGAAAGGAGCAAAUCUUUUCCCCAUUUUAGAAUUCAGUCUUUUCUGCCUUUUAAAGAACAUUAUUACAAAAUUAAUUUAAGUUUUGUAUAAAUGUUUUAUAAAAUUUUAUAUAAAAAUCUCUACUCGGUUGAGAAAAUAAAUAACAUUUUUUAAUAUUAAAUCAAACUACUAGAAAAAAAUGAGCAUAAUCUACAUUUUCCAAAAAAAAAACUUUGUAUUAUUACAUGUUUAAAAUCAAUAAUAAAAACUGACCCAAACAACUGACACCGUAUUGAAAUAAUAGUUCUAUGCAGUAUUUACAUAUAAGUAGUGGUGUGUAUUUUGUAUUUAUUAAGUAAAAAACAAGUAUCUAAACAUAAAGUAUUUUAUAUAUAUAAACAAACAAACAAAAAAAAACAAAAAACUGAUCUUAAAUAAUGAAAUGGUAUUUUUAAGCAAAAUAAAAUUAACUUCCUCAAAACAUACAAACCCCUCCUCCCUGUCCAAAACCUGGUUGCAUUAUUGUCGAAAACAAAACAAAAUAAAAAGCCUUAAAUGUUUUAAAUGUAAAAUAAACAAAAGAAAAAUCUUGAAAAUCAUCUUUAAAAAUAAUAAAUACAUUGUUUCGUUUAACUAUUUGUUUGCAUUAUUGACCGCUUAAGCAUUACGCUUUUAAAGAAAAUCAAAAUUAAAUUUUUUUUGUUAAAAACAAAAUAAAAAAUUCAAUUGUUUUUGUUUCUAUUUUUUUUCAAUAUAAAUUAUUUAAUUCAACGUUUAUUUCCAUUUUAAGUUUUUUUUUAUUAACUGUUUUUUUCUCUUAUUAAAUUGUGUUUAAAUUUUGUUUAAAAUUAGCUACUUUUAAAAGUAAAUUUACAACAAUUAUCUUAAAGUUAAAAUUGAUUGUAAUAAAAAGAAACAAAUGAAAUUAAAUAAAAGUAAAUAAAUAAUUGUGUUUUUUUAGUUUAUAAAUAUAUAUUUUUUAAUAAUAUGUAUUAAACUUAUUAUCCAUACACACAUACAUAAAUAUUCAAAAGUAAUUAUAUCUAAAAUAAUAAUAAUUAAUUAAUUAAUAAUUAAAUAAAAAUGAAAAAUUUAUUGAAAUAAAAAAAAUAAAGAAAACUUAAAAAAUA